UUUAAAAAGUGAAUCAUAGAAAACCUCACCCUCUGAAAUGGAGAAAAACAAGAGAUCGAAAGCAAGAAUGGAGAAAAUUGAAGAUGCGAAGCAUCCGAUGGAACCAUACAAGGAGAAGGAAGAUAGACAGAGAGAGGAAGAUAGUGCGAGCGAGUCGGAUGAGAAAGAAGAAGAAGUACACCAGGAGUCUGACACCAAAGAUAAUAAGAAGAAGAAGAUGGAUAAGCGACAGAGGGCCAAAGAGAGGAGAGAUAAGAGGCGCCAACAGAUCUCUCUUCUCCGCACCAUCCCUUAUUCCGAUCACCAAAGGUGGUGGUCUUCAGAUACUAUUGCUGUGGUGACGGGGGCAAACAGAGGGAUUGGGUUUGAGAUUGCACACCAGCUUGCAUCACAUGGCAUGACAGUUAUUCUGACAUCAAGAGAUAAUGCUGUCGGUGAAGAAGCAGCAAAGGUCUUACGAGAAGGAGGUUUGAACGUUCGCUUCCAUCAACUGGAUAUUGUGGACCCUUCAUCAAUCAAAUUGUGCACUGAGUGGCUACAACAAAACUAUGGUGGUAUAGAUAUUCUGGUAAACAAUGCAGGCGUUAAUUACAACUGUGGAUUAGACAAUUGUCUCAAGUUUGCGGAGCAUGUUAUUGGCACCAACUAUUUUGGCACCAAAAAUGUAAUUCAAGCUAUGAUCCCAUUAAUGAGGGCUUCUGCUUUAGGUGCUCGAAUUGUUAAUGUUAGCUCACGGUUGGGAAGACUUAAUGGGAGGCGAAAUAGAAUUGGAGAUCUCACUUUGAGACACCAACUGGAAGAUGUGGACUCACUGUCAGAGGAACUGAUUGACAAGACCAUGACUACAUUUUUAGAACAAGUAAAGGACGGCAGUUGGACAUCCAGCAAGUGGCCUCAAACAUAUACCGACUACUCAAUGUCCAAACUUGCAGUUAAUGCCUACACCAGGCUAAUGGCAAAGAUGCUUUCAAACCUGCCAGAUGGUCACAAGAUAUAUAUCAAUUGCUACUGCCCAGGCUGGGUCAAGACUGCCAUGACUGGUUGGGCAGGGCAUACUUCACCAGAGGAAGGGGCUGACACAGGAGUUUGGCUUGCCCUGCUUCCAGACAAGUUAGUUACCGGAAAUUUUUUUGCUGAGAGGCGACAGAUAAAUUUUUAAACCAGUAGGAUCGAGGACUUUUCAUAUCAGGAUUGUCUUCCAAUUUCAGCUUCCCUUUUGGUGAAAUCAGAUUCUACAACAGCUAAGAAUGGUGAAAACUGGUACAAAGAAAGCUCUGUAUUCUGAAUCUGAACUGGUUUUUCGAAGGAGGGAGUGCCAAGCCAAAUCAACUUUUAGGGAUUGUUUGGGGUGUCCUAAAUAAGUGCACUUUUUGUCUUUUUGAACUAAAAA